CUUUAAUUUUCCAGUGACAUUCUCUAUAGACUGAGCUCUACACAGUCACUCCCAGACUUUAGUCCCUAGCCUUGUCCUUGGCUUACUGACACACAAAUUACACUGUUACUACAGUGUCUUCUCUGACCUAAGCUAGGUACUGAUCUCAGUCAUGGCAGAGAAAAAGGCCACUGGCAGGGCAAAUAUAGUAAAAAGGAAAGAGAAGAGUGUGGAGAGCAAGGCUGAAAAAGAGAUGGAGAAAAAAGUGGAAAACAAAACAGAGAGCGACAAACAGAAGGUAAAGGACAAGGUGAAAAAGAAGCCGGAGCCAGAGGACGAGAAGCCAAAGGGAAAUGGGGAGACAGUUCAGGGAGCUCAAGGAGGUACUGAGGAUGGAGAAUUUCAACUGGAGCCUAUGGAGCUACCUCCAUUUGAGAUCAUUGUAGGAGAUCGUCUCAACCCAUCCUUCUUCAAGUUUCAGUUCAAAAAUGUUGAGUACUCCUCAGGCCGAAACAAGACCUUCCUAUGCUAUCAAGUGGACAUAAAGAGUGAUGCAGGAGAACCUGAUGGUCUUCGUGGAUACUUGGAGGAUGAGCAUGCAGGUGCACAUGCUGAGGAAGCCUUCUUCCAGCAGGUUUUACCUCAAUACGACAAAUCGCUGCAAUACACAGUCACCUGGUAUACAUCAUCCAGUCCUUGUGUAGCAUGUGCCAAUAAAAUAGCAGAGAUCCUGCGGGCCAGAAAAACACUGCGCCUCAACAUUCACUGCUCCCGUCUCUUCCUGUGGGAGGAGCCUGAAAUACAGGCAGGGCUGAAGGCCUUGGUAAAUGCAGGGUGCAAACUGCGGAUGAUGAGGCCACUGGACUUCACCUACGUAUGGUCCACUUUUGUGGAAAAUGAGGAAGAGAGUUUUACACCAUGGGAGGACUGUCAAGAUAACUAUGAGUAUUAUGAUGAGAAGCUGACUGAUCUUCUCCACUAGGGAUUUAACUCUUAAGGGACAUUUCCUCUCACUGCAUGUGCAUCUUUUAUCAGCUGGAAUGUUUUGAUGUCCUGUUCAAUGUCUGUUCAACACAGAACCACGAUUAUGUAUCGGAAUAGUCCAGUAAUGGGACAAUAAUGGAGUACAAAUGGAAUAGGACAAUGAUGGAGUACAAAUAUUGCACACUUGUACUUAAUCACCAGCUUCUAUUGUUUUUAUGUUACUCUAUUAUUUACACUUGUACUCUAUUUACAUUAAAUUUAAUUUCAUGUAAACACCACUCUAGUGUAUUCCAGCAAUGUUGUGCAUUUGUAAAGAUAUACAGUAUUUAAGGGGGCAUUGUAUACUAUAUAUACUUUACACAUUUACUUUGGAAACAAAAUAGAGUCAUUAUUACUUAUAACUUCAGUUCUUUCAUGACAGGGCAAAUCCCAUGUGAAAUCACCAAAGGCUCCCGACUGACUGUCUCAGAUUUGCUAAAUUGUGCAAAAUGUCAGACUUGAACCUGCAUUAGUUUUUGAGAUGUAAAGGGUGAGUUGUGGCACAAAAACAGUGCUACAGAAAAGUUGCAGAAGUUAUCAGCAUCUUGACUUAGGAAUAUUUUCCCACUUUUCCUUGCAAAAACAUUCUAGACCCAUCAAAUGUUUGGAGCAUCUCCUUUGUACAGCCUGAUUCAGGACUCUCAACAGAUUGUUUAGUUGGAUUCAGUGCUCUGGCUUGGUCAUUCAAAAGUACUAAUCUUUUUUAGGUUAAGCCAUUCCUUGGCUUUGGAUGAAUGCUGUGGGUCAUCUGAAAAGUAAAAUUCCUUUUCGUCUUCAAAUUUCUAGCAGACACCUGAACAUUUUAACUAAAAUUGUCUGGUAUUUAUAGCUAUUCAUGAUUCUCUACACCUUGAUAAACACCCCAGUUCUGCAUGAAGAAACAGUCCUAAAGCAUGCUAAAUCCAGCAUGCUGCACUGUGGGUAUGGUGCUCUUUUGAUGAUCUGCACCAAACAUGCUGUAAAGACAUCCUCUGAAUUCCCCCCUCCACACCACCAGAGGGAACCCUUACCAGAACACUAACACUUUCAGUUUACACUGCACUUUUAUAGCUAACCCCAUGACAGCUAUCUGCUCUAGUUUUCAAAUCACUACCUACGCUCCUUGACCCUGGUCACACUUGGUUAUAGACUUCAUCACUGACCGAUAAAGAUCCAAAGGUCAUGCCUUGACCAGCGAGGGCAGAGGAGCAAUCCUGGGUGGAUUCUAGUUCAUCCUGGAUCCAUCCCUAAUCAAAGACUUUUUACAAAUACCACCCAGAUGAACCUGCCCCACAGAUCGUGGGGUUACCCAAGAAUGACACUGGGAGGUGUUCCUAGAGAACUUCCCUCUCCACAUGGCCAGAGGGAACCCUUGCUAGAAUACUAACACAACACUUAAUUUCCGGGUUCUACUCUAAAUAUUGAACUUUUAUUUUUGUGAAGGUUCUUCGUGAAGUAUUGUUCAUCGUGCUGCAAUUCAAAGCUUUUGUUUUUCCAUUGUUAUUUCUGCCUCAUUGUUCUUGACUAUUGUUCUGUUUUCCGGUUUUCACUUUUUUGGAUUGUGUUUUCUGGAUUGUUUGUGCUGCCGACUGUCUGGUCUCGUUACUGACCUUUUGCAUGCUUCCUGUUAUCGUUUUUGUCUUGUAUUUUGGAUUGAUUGCUUUUGAAUGUUCUAAUCGACUCUAAUACCCUGAGGAAUAAUGGAAUUAUUAUACAUUUUGGAAUUUGUUU